AUGCACUGCGCGGCUCGAGCCGGGCACCUGGACUGCGUCCGAGCACUUGGCGCCGAUCGUGAACGCGGGUGCGACGUGAACGCUAGGGACGAUCACUGGGGGACGCCGCUGCACGCGGCGGUGGGUGAGGGCCACGUGGCGAUCGUCGAUUGGCUUCUCGCGAACGCGGGCGCCGACGUCGACGCGGCGGAUCGCGACAUGUGCACGCCGCUGCACGAGUCGGUGCGUUGGGCGGACGCGAGGGUGACGGCGAUUUUGUUGGCGCGUGGGGCGUCGCCCGCGAAACGCACCAAACGGGGCCUCACGCCGUUGCACGUGGCGGUGGCGGGGUUCGGGGCGACGUCGCGCGCAUCCGCCGCCGCGGCGUCCGCUCUCUCGCUGCACGGGUUCGUCGGCGAUGGUGCACGAUCGGAUUCUAAACGAAUCUUGCGACUGCGACGGGGCGGGCAGGUUGAGGAUGGCGAUUGGUACGACCUUCGCGCGGACCAGGCGCGUCGGGACGAUAUCGUCGACGCGCUCCUCGCGAGCGGCGCGUGCGACGUGGACGCGCGGUGCUUCGAGGGGGGAAGCACGCCGCUGUACCUGGCGGCUCGAUGGGGGCACGCGGAGUGGGUGAAAAAGUUGAUCGACGCGGGCGCGGAUGUCGACGCCGCGCGUGAGCGACCGGAUCCGGGUCUGGGCGGGAGCGUGGUGGGUCCGGGCGGGCCGACGCCGUUGCAGGCGGCGCGGGCGGUGGGGCAUAGCGAGUGCGUGGCGGUUUUGUUGGAGCACGGGGCGGCGGAGGCGGCGUAG